GAAAACACGCUCCAGAAGGUGUAUAUGACACUAAUCGAGAAACGGCGCAAUGUUUUGGAUGAAAACGUACCCUUAGAUUUGGUUGAUAGCUGCCAUUUCGGGUUAUUCGACCAUACACGAACGAUUCAAGAGGUCCAAACGAAGUGCGCAUACAAUUCUAAAAUCUACAGUCAUCACUUUGAAGAAGAUAUAUGCAUAGACAGUGAGAAAGGACGUGCUGUGACUUCAGGUUGACCAUUGAGCGUUCCAGUGUCAUCUGUGGAAGACGUUUUGCUCUAGUGUUGAACAUACUACGUGAUAUGGAGAGACGACACUGUUGAAAAAAUACCGGCAUUUUAUUUUUCCUGACCUAGACACAAAUCAUGGAAAGCUGACGGCGAGGACCUUGAGUGACAGCCUUGCCAGGGAAGAAAACCCUCUCUUUACUGAUUCAAGGACACUAAGACUCCAUAUCAGACUCUUCCUUCAUCUGCAAAUCAGCUGACCUAAGAGCUGUCAUGGCGGCGUACGGACAGACCCAGUACAGCCCUGCCCUCCAGUCUGCGGGACCCUACACACCGUAUACAUACCACACCCAGGGCUACAGCAUGCCCUCAUACAACAUUAAGACAGAAGAUGGCCUCAGCCACUCUCCAGGACAGAACAGUCUGCUGAGCUACUCCAACUUCAGCAGCACUCCCCCCAGCCAGGGCCUCUACAGCUACUCCACACCCGGUAGCAGUAUUUCUUCUGGGAUUUUCCAGGGAGCCAACCCCAUCACAGGCUCAACUCCAUUCAACCCCACACAACAGGACUUCUCAGCGUACUCUAGCUACAGCCAAAGCCAGUACUCGCCAUACUACAACACACACUACAACAGCCCGUACCUCGCAAGCAGCAACAUCAGCCCUAGCGCCAUCACCACGCCCAUACCCUAUCAGCAUCCAGAACACCCCGCCGUGGUGCCCAAUCACAGCCCUGAGUCCCACCCAGGAGAGUACCAUCCACCCCCUAGCCCCCCCACCCCAGGGAAAGAGCCAGAGGGGGUGCCAGCCAGACGGAGCUCAGACGGGAAACUGAGGGGCAGGAAAAGAGUCAGUGACCCACAGCCUCCCCUGGACUCAGAUAUAGAGCGUGUGUUUGUGUGGGACCUUGACGAGACCAUCAUCAUUUUCCACUCUUUGCUCACAGGGAGCUUCUCAACACGAUUUGGCAAGGACUCGUCCAAGGCAGUGUCGCUGGGGCUGUGGAUGGAGGAGAUGAUCUUCAACUUGGCCGACUCUCGGCUAUUUUUCAACGACCUGGAGGAAUGUGACCAAGUUCAUAUUGAUGACGUGGCGUCAGACGACAAUGGGCAGGACUUGAGCAUGUAUAACUUUGGCACAGACGGGUUCCAGAGCCCUGCGGGUGCCGGUACUCUGUGCCUGGGCUCAGGUGUCCAUGGUGGGGUGGACUGGAUGAGGAAACUAGCCUUCCGCUACCGGAGAGUAAAGGAGAUCUACAACACCUACAAGAACAACGUGGGAGGUUUGGUGGGCAGUCCCAAGCGGGAGGAAUGGCUGCAGCUGCGGAGGGAGAUGGAGGUCCUGACAGAUCUGUGGCUGACCCAGGCUGUCAAGGCCCUGGCCCUCAUUAACUCCAGACCAAACUGUGUGAAUGUGCUGGUGACCACCACCCAGCUGAUCCCAGCCCUGUCCAAGGUCCUGCUCUAUGGUCUGGGCUCAGCGUUCCCCAUAGAGAACAUCUACAGUGCCACCAAGACAGGGAAAGAGAGCUGCUUUGAGCGUGUGGCCCAGAGGUUCGGCCGGCGAGCAGUUUACGUGGUCAUAGGGGACGGAGUGGAGGAAGAGUCUGUAGCCAAGAAGAAGAACAUGCCUUUCUGGAGAGUGUCGUGUCGGCCUGACCUGGAGGCUCUAAGUCAUGCACUGGAGCUGGACUACCUCUAGUGGGCGCUAUAACAAUCCCAUCAUGCCUUUAGCCAGUUCCUGCCCGGUGAUGCCGCUUCCUGUCCAAUGGACCAAUUGGGUUGAGGGCAGCGACGAUUCACCACCAUACAAAAGCAAAGAAAGACGGACCAAUCUUUGUAUCAGCAGGGAAACGCAAUUGUUACUGGAAAUUGUACAUGUGCUUUCACCCGUUCACACAGGGACUUUUACAUGUGAAAGGUUUCCCACUUUGGAACUUUAGAGCGUUGCACUGAAAAUAAUGGCCAAGGUCAGGGAUGGGCAACUUGUGGCCUCAGCAGUUUUUCUCUUGUUAUGUCAAUUAGGCCAUAUCAGCUCAAAUGUUUUAGAUUGGUAAGUUUGUCUAGCGGUCAGCUAUCUAAACCAGCAAUCAUGGUUGAAUUACCGGCCGGGGGCCACCAUUGAUUUUGUUAGUCAGUCUCACUCAGAUAUCAUAUUAAAUAAUGCAAAAUUUCUCUCCAGCCUAUGGCAAAAUGUGUAGAAUUACAAAAAUGUCGCUGUUAAACAGCAAAUGUUCUUCACCGCCCAUGGCAAAAUGAGUAGAAUUGCAGGAAAUGUGUUAUAAAAUUGCUAAAUCUUCUUUCCGCUCAAUGGCAAAAUGUGUAGAAUUGUAGCAAACUUUCUUUAAAGCUCCACAUUUUCUCUACGCCCCAUGGCAAAAUGUGUAGAAUUGCACGAAAUGAACUAUAACAUUUUAAAACAAUGUCUCUCCGCUGUCAAGAGGAGGGCUGCUAAAAUGCUUUGCUCUCAAUGUGGUUGGUGUGACCCGCAAGCAACUACCAUCCCUCAUAAUGAGUUCAGUUUCUUGUGGCCACCAGACCCAUCAAAGUUACUCAUCCCUGACCUAGGUGAUCUACAGUUGAAGUCGGAAGUUUACAUACACCUUAGCAAAAUACAUUUAACUCAGUUUGUCACAAUUCCUAACAAUCCUCGUAAAGAAUCACUGUCUUAUGUCAGUUAGGAUCACUACUUUAUUUUAAGAAUGUGAAAUGUCAGAAUAAUAGUAGAGAGAAUGAUUUAUUUCAGCUUUUAUUUCAUUCAUCACAUUCCCAGUGGGUCAGAAGCUUACAGGCACUCAAUUAGUAUUUGGUAGCAUUGCCUUUAAAUUGUUUAACUUGGGUCAAACGUUUUGGGUAGCCUUCCACAAGCUUCCCACAAUAAGUUGGGUGAAUUUUGGCCCAUUCCUCCUGACAGAGCUGCUGUAACUGAGUCAGGUUUGUAGGCCUCCUUGCUCGCACACGCUUUUUCAGUUCUGCCCACAAAUGUUCUAUAGGAUUGAGGUCAAGGCUUUGUGAUGGCCACUCCAAUACCUUGAUUUUGUUGUCCUUAAGCCAUUUUGCCACAACUUUGGAAGUAUGCUUGGGGUCAUUGUCCAUUUGCAAGACCCAUUUGCGAUCAUGCUUUAACUUCCUGACUGAUGUCUUGAGAUGUGACUUCAAUAUAUCCACAUAAUUUUCCUACCUCAUGAUGCCAUCUUUGUUGUGAAGUGCACCAGUCCCUCCUGCAGCAAAGCACCCCACAACAUGAUGCUGCCACCCCCCGUGUUUCAUGGUUGGGAUGGUGUUCUUGGGCUUGCAAGUCUCCCCCUUUUUCCUCCAAACAUAACGAUGGUCAUUAUGGCCAACAGUUAUUUUUUUGUUUCAUCAGACCAGAGGACAUUUCUCCAAAAAGUUUGAUCUUUGUCCCCAUGUGCAGUUACAUCCCGUAGUCUGGCUUUUUUAUGGCGGUUUUGGAGCAGUGGCUUCUUCCUUGCUGAGCAGCCUUUCGGGUUAUGUCGAUAUAGGACUCGUUUUACUGUGGAUAUAGAUACUUUUGUACCUGUUUUCUCCAGCAUCUUCACAAGGUCCUUUGCUGUUGUUCUGGGAUGUACUUGCACUUUUCGCACCAAAUGACGUUCUUCUCUAGGAGACAGAACACGUCUCCUUCCUGAGCGGUAUGAUGGCUGCGUGGUUCCAUGGUGUUUAUACUUGCGUACUAUAGUUUGUACAGAUGAACGUGGUACCUUCAGGCAUUUGGAAAUUGCUCCCAAGGAUGAACCAGACUUGUGGAGGUCUGCAAUAUUUUUUCUGGGGUCUUUCUUUUGAUUUUCCCAUGAUGUCAAGCAAAGAGGCAUUGAGUUUGAAGGUAGGCCUUGAAAUACAUCCACAGGUACAUCUCCAAUUGACUCAAGUUAUAUAUAUUAGCCUAUCAGAAGCUUCUAAAGUAUUGACAUAAUUUUCUGGAAUUUUCCAAGCUGUUUAACCUUUCUAGCGCAUGGUCCUCGACAACAUUCCGCUGAAAAGGCAGCGCGCGAAAUUCAAAAUUAUUUUUGGGAAAUAUGUCACUUUCACACAUUAACAAGUCCAAUACAGCAAAUGGAAGAUACACAUCUUGUUAAUCUACCCAUCGUUUCCAAUUUCAAAAAUGCUUUACAGCUAAAGCACAACAUUUGAUUAUGUUAGAUCACCGCCAAGUCGAAAAAACACAGCCAUUUUUCCAGCCAAUGAUAGGAGUCACAAAAAGCAGAAAUAUAGAUCAAAUUAAUCACUAACCUUUGAUGGUCUUCAUCAGAUGACACUCAUAGGACAUCAUGUUACACAAUACAUGUAUGUUUUGUUCGAUAAUGUGCAUAUUUAUAUCAAAAAAUCUCAGUUUACAUUGGCGCGUUACGUGCAGUGAUGUUUUGAUUCCAAAACAUCCAGUGAUUUUGCAGAAAUACUCAUAAUAAACAUUGAUAAAAGAUAUUAGUGUUAUUCACAGAAUUAAAGAUAGACUUCUCCUUAAUGCAACCGCUGUGUCAGAUUUCAAUUUUUUUUAACAGAAAAGGCAUAAUCUGAGAAAGGUGCUCAGAACCCAAAACAGCCAGAGGAAUGUCCGCCAUUUUGGAAACAACAAAGUUAGAAACAACACCAUAAAUAUUCACUUACCUUUGAUCUUCAUCAGAAGGCACUCCCAUGGAUCCCAGUUCAACAAUAAAUGACUGAUUUGUUCCAUAAAGUUCCAUAAUUUAUGUCCAAAUAGCCACUUGUUGUUAGCGUGUUCAGCCCAGUAAUCCAUCUUCAUGAGGUGCAGGCACUUCAUCCAGACAAAAACUUGAAAAGUUAUGUUACAGUCCUUUAGAAACAUAUCAAACAAUGUAUGGAAUCAAUCGUUAGGAUGUUUUUAACAUAAAACAUCAAUAGUGUUCCAACCGGAGAAUUCCUUUGUCUUCAGAAAAAGCACUGGAACGCGAGGUAACUCUGUCGGGAGCGCACGUCAUGAGACCAAGGCUCUCGGCCAGACCACUCGGCCAGAGGUCUCAUGAGCCCCUCCUUUAUAGUAGAAUCCUCAUUCAAGUUUCAAGACGGUUGACAUCUAGUGGAAGCUGUAGGAAGUGCAACCUCAUCCAUAUCUAUCUCAAUGUGUAUUCGGUAGGCCAAGCUUUGAAAAACUACAAACCUCAGAUGUCCCACUUCCUGGUUGAAUUUCUCUCAGGUUUUCGCCUGCCAUAUGAGUACUGUUAUACUCACAGACAUCAUUCAAACAGUUUUAGAAACUUCAGAGUGUUUUCUAUCCAAUACUAAUAAUAAUACGCAUAUAUUAGCAUCUGGGACAGAGUAGGAGGCAGUUCACUCUGGGCACGCUUUUCAUCCAAACGUGAAAAUUCUGCCCCCUAUUCCAAAAAGGUUAAAGGCACAGUCAACUUAGUGUAUGUAAACUUCUGACCCACUGGAAUUAUGAAACAGUGAAUUGUAAGUGAAAUAUUCUGUCUGUAAACAAUUGUUGGAAAAAUUACUUGUGUCAUGUACAAAGUAACUGACUUCCCAAAACUAUAGUUUGUUAACAAGAAAUGUAUUGAGUGGUUGAAAAAUGAGUUUUAAUGACUAACCUAAGUGCAUGUAAACUUCCAACUUCAACUGUAAGUGCAUUUAGUCCUUACGUGGGGAUGAUUCGUUUAAUUUAGUUUAUUUGUUUGUUGUGUGCUAACUUUUCUUAUUAGGAAUGGGAUAGAGGAAAUUGUUAAGAUAAGAGACCUUCUAGUAGACACUACCAGCAAGUUAUUAAGGAUAAUAUGGCUUUUUUGAUACAUUGUACAUUUCUAUUAUAACUAUGGCCCCAAUAGUAGCUCUGUCUCAUUCAGCAGGUUAUUGAUUAAUUCAUAGUCUGAAUAUUUAUAUUUUUUUACCUAUAAUUUGUGACCUACGGUAUUUAUUGAUCAGUUCAGUUAUGCCUGAUCAAAAUGAUAGUAGAUGAAAAUACAAAUCAGUCAAGUGUCCAAUCACAAAAUUAUGAGCUGAGACCUAAAAGAAAGAAAUGGGAGAGGAUUUUCACAAAACCUACCAGCGACAAUUAUCUAAAAAGGAAGAUGAGAUAGCAACCAUUUUCGGAUUUUACCAUAACAUUUGAUUCAUAUUCUAUUGACCCAUGAUAUGUCAUAAAUCAUUUAAUUGAAUAUUCUAUUGAUUUGCCACAAACACACUUAUGCAGUCAAUCUAAACCGGACAAAACACUUCCAACCCUACCGGAGAUGUCUGUUUAAUGUUGUUAUCUAAUAUACCAAAGAUUAAUACUCAAAUAUCUUAUCCAUUCCAUGCCAUACUUUGAAAAAUAAUUGGUAAAAGCCAACUCUGCAUCCUUCAUUUGCAACUAAGCAAAGAGGUUCAGACAGACAGACAGAAAGACAAACAGUCAAAGCAACCUGACAAAGCACAAGGAAAUCAUAUACUUAACUUAAGAAAUAACAAUUCCUUGUGAAACGUCUUUUUAGCGUAUACAUUUGUCAUGGAGAGGACUUAGGGCUCUAUUCAAUCCGCAUCGCGGAAGUUCAGCUUUAAAGCGUGACUGAAAUUUAAAGGCAAUGUUCCUGCUUUAGCGGGGAUUGCAUUCACAAUGGGUCGGCUCAAUCGUAAAUUACCUUUACAUUUCUAUCCCAGAAUAUGUAACACUUCAGGUUUACAGAUUGAAUAGAGCACUUAGUCUGGCGAUUGAAUCUUAUUCUGUUUCAUGAAUUGAUCGGUGUACAAUUGUUGUUAUCUUUCUCCAUGAAUGUUUAUAUAGCCUGUAUGUAAUGAAAAUGGUAUGAUUGUCUUUGGACAUGCAUGUGCCUAUUACAGUGCCUGUCAGCUUAGCUAUGAUUUGUAUAUAAGGUUUUAUUGUUGAUUUGUUUUGACGGACAAUUAUAAUAGAUUAAUAAAGAUAAGUUAAUUACA